UCUCUAUCACUUGCUCAAUUCAAAGGUUGAAUGACCAUCCUUUUACUUAAGACAGUAAAUGGAGAUCUUCCCUGUCGUAAAUCCCUGAGACUCUUGACGUCCUUCACGAAAGUGGAGGGUACUAUACAAUGA